AUGGGUGGAAUUAUUUGGACUGAAAAAGACUGGAAAGGAUUUGGCCAACAGUAUGAUGAAACUAGCUUAUAUCCAAGUAUUAUGCAAUCAAAUGUCACAUUCCCAACUGGCAAAGGAAAUAAAAAUAAGAAAUAUACUCAUAUUGAUUUAUCUCAUGCCAAAACAUUGGGACUUCAAGUUGUAUUAAUUCAAGAUGGUUCUCCAAAUGCACUAGUAUAUGAAAAGGAAACAAGAAUCCUGGGUAAAAUAAUAUUUGGAGAAUACAUAAAUUUCCUCUUCAAACUAAAAAAUAAUGGCGAAAUUGUUGGACAAAUUGCAAAAAGAGUUCUCAAUACCUUAUGGGGAGUGUUAUGCCAGAGAAACAAGUUUUAUUAUAACAUUGAUAUUAGUAUGCCUGAGUUAUUUGAAAAUCCAGAAGGAGAAAUAUUAGAUAAUAUCAUACUAGUAGGAGAAGAUUGUUGGACUUUGCAAUUCUCAAACCCCAGGAAUCUAUUCAAAGGAGAGUAUCCUCAAAUUGUGCCAUUUUUACUAGCUCAGGGACAAAAAAUAAUAUCUCUCCACAUAGCACCUUAUAAAGAUAAAGUGAAGCAAGUUCAUACCGAUGGAUUUAUUUUAGAAGAGGAUCCUAUGAAACCACCUCUUAUUGAGUGUUCAGAAGAUGUAUCAAAAACUUUGAAAAUGCUUAAAUUUGAAAAGGAAAGUGAAUGUUAUGUUAAAAAUGCUAAUCAAGUUACAUGGUAUUGA